AUGAUGAUGGGAGGUUGGUGGGCUCGGUUUUUUCUGGGUCAAUGGCCGCUGCCACUGCAUGUACAGGCGCUGGUAGCCUUUGCCUUUUCCUCGCCUCAAUCCGCAAGGGCCGAGGAUGUCGACAGCCAUGCAAAUAAGCGUUUAGGAUGCGCACUGCAGUGUGCUGAACGGGCGUGUCCGUUGCAGCUAGAGAAUUGCUGUCCUUGUGGGUUCUUCUUUUGCAUGAGUGAUUUUCGCCAUUGGAACGCUUGUCCUUUUCCUCAAGGCGCGACUACCCACGCGGUUCGCUUCACGGGGAACCAUACCAGGAACAAUAAGGCCAUUGCUUGUUUGAACCCUCUGCCCUGGCCUGGUUCCUGUUCGAGUUGUGGCGAAAGACGAUGA